AUGAACAACAUUUUCAAGUACGGCUCAAUCACAGGAAUUCCACUCUACAAUUGCAGGUAGGCUAACGUAAAAUAUGUAAUAGAAUGUUAUCCCCACAAACGAUGUAUCUGAGCUGUCGGUAGAGAGAUCUAAAAGUUAUCAGAAGAAAACAUGUAUAAAAUAGGUUAAUGAGCAAUUGAUUAGUUGGCAAUUUUUUGAUAUCUCUGCCGGCAGAUGAGAAAUAUCUACUUGAAUGAACGGUAUUGGGAUGAUUCCAAUUACUGUUUUUACCGCAAGUACUGCAGAUUUUAUGCUUAUUUACAGUGCUCAUACACCUGAAGAGUGGGCCGAGAAAGACGGCGUUCGUCGUCCUUUAUACGGUUUGGCUGAUAUGACCUAUGGGGUUAUUUUCAAUGUAGGCAAAGAAAGAAGAAUGGAAGUCCUUUCCUCACCCUCACUUUCCAGAUCCUCUACAUUCCUAUUCUGUCCGUUCUGUUCGAGAAGGAGAACGUGAAAAUGUCUUGCUUUAAAAUCAUGAUCUUUCUCGCAAUCGUCGACAUGCUCGCUCUCUGGGUCAACUCUAUCAUCACCGGCUUCCUCGCCUUCAACGGCGCCGUCUAUUGUACUUAUCCCAAUCUGAUUUACAUCGUCGGAAUGACCGGGUUGGGUCUCUGGUGCUGUUCGUGUGUGAUAGCUAUGAGUCUCGUCAUAAAUCGACUCAUUGAUCUGACAAAACCAGAGCUCGGAAACGUGUUUUUCGAAGGAAAACGGACGUACCUGGUGCUGAGUGUAUCCAUUAUCUACGGUCUUUAUUUCGUUUUCUUUACCGCUCCAGUCGCAUUUUCUUCAAAAUAUCACGCUUGGUUCUUUGACCCACUGAUUUUUGAAAAUAUGACACAAGAGGUAUAGUCUCUACUGUUCUCAGUUAUAAGUAAGUACCCUUUCAGUACGAAAACAUUCCCCAUGGUUUCAACAACAUUCUGGUCGUCAGUGUGACCUGUCUCCUCUACGUUUCCUUCUGUGUUGUGCUUGGCAAGAAGUUCAAACAGGCAGUCGGAGGCUCGAAAUCGCACCGAAUGAGCAUUCAGAUCUUUUUGCAAUCGGCCAUGAUCUGUGCCAUCAACCAGAUCGCUUCUAUCAUUUACGUCGCCAUGAACUUUAUCGAAGUGCCCUUCUGGCUGAUUAUUGUCGGUCACAGCAUGUGGCAGUUCGGACACGGCGCCCCUGCUCUCAUUUAUCUGUGCCUCAACCGGACAAUCAGGAAUGGCGUCAAGAGAAAGUUUGGAUUGAAGGUGAGCGCACUCGAGAGUUUGAGUACUCAAAAAUAAAGUUUCAGAAGAAUGUAGCCAGAGUCACUUCUCGAGACGCUUCGGUCACUGCUUUCACCAGAACCAACUGA